AGUGAAGAAAACAAAUUUGCAGCCUAAGAAACAAAGAUUUUCCUGGUGAGGAGCUGGGUUUGCAGGUUACCUCUGGUCCCUGGAGGACACUUGCUUUACCGUCACCCACCCACGCGUGAGGAAGAUGGACAGAAGCACGGUGAGGGGACCUCUGUAUAAGCAGUUUGACGUGGAGAGAAAGAGUGCCAGGCAAGCAGAAGCCAGACUCAGCCUUAGACUGCAAAGGCUGGAUGUCAUCUGCCUCUAUCACAUGAAAUCGCUCGCCAGGGAGCAGAGGCAGCUUCAGAAAGAACUGCAGCGCCUGCAGCAAGAUAUCAUCAAGAAAAGGUUUUCUUCUUAUGUUGGGCAUGAAAUUCAAAAGAGAUCGAAAGAUGUUGUCACAUUCUUGCCACAAACAGGACAGAGGCACACAGUCCCGGAGCCUAAAAUUAGCGAACUGAAAAACAAUAUUACCCAAGAAGUUAAAACUAAGAUUCGGGUGCCCUCUUUACAUGACCCUAUCCUCAAAGACGCCCCGAGAAGCCAAGAGCACCUUCCAUCUCAAGGUGAGAGAACCAGCUGCUUCAAAGAAGGAAACUCACAAGCCCAGGAGGGAGAGCCCGCAAGUCCACUGAAGGGCAUGGAUCAGAGCAAGGAUGUCUCUGUCCCAGGUCACGACCAAGAGCCAUCCACCAAGAAGACAGAAGACAGCCGUGUGUCCAGCCGAGAUGGUGAGAGAGGGUCAGCAUCUGAUGAGACCAGAUCCGAAAAUGCCAAUCAAAAGCCACGUGGAGAUGCUGAUGUACAAAAUUCCCCCAGCUCCGUGGACUAUGCAGGAAGCUUCAAAGAUGAAUACACAAAGCCGUCCUUCCUAGAGCUGUUCGAAAAGGCCAAGAAUGCCCACUAUGUCCGCCACAGGGUGCCCCCCGAGUCUGAGAGAUUACUUAGCAUCGGGGAGAUAUUUGGACACAAAGACUACUCACUACCCAGAACAGGGGGAAAACUGUGAAAAUGGUGCCAAGUCACUUCCUCUCUGCCUGUGUAAUGUCGCCUGACCAGAAGAUAGUCUGUAAUCACUAUGGAAACGGGACCCUUCAAAUAGCUGCCAUAGCGAUGCACAGAAAUAAGCAGAAAUGCAUGAGAAGCUUUCUUUUGCAACCUCGGGGCCUCUGCCCUUUUUUUUUCGGUCUUUCUCUUAAUAAACAAGGCCACUAUGAAGAGGAAGGAGAGGGAAAUUACUAUGAAAAUAUUUUAAGUUUCGAACCUGGAGUUAUUUUGAUGGAGAAGAAAGUCGUUUGUCCGGAGCUCUGUCCUGUAUAGGAGAUGCUUACAGUGCCACCUGCUGGCCAGAUGGCAUAACUACUUGCCUAGUUUCCCUUUCCUCAGGGGUUUGCGUGGGAACCCAACUGAAAUCACAGUGACCUGGUCUCCAGAUAAAAGCGGUUCUAGCC